CGGGCAUUCAUGCCACCUUCCAUCCAGUGACUUUGAAACCUCUUUGGCUGGCUGAGGUGGUUCUUCCCCGGUCUUCUGAGAAUCAAAGGCCGGUCCUGCCCCCUCCUUGCCCCGAGGGAAAGGAUCGAGCGCCCCAUCGCCCAGGGGCCCAGCUUUCUAUUGGGGUUGGAAUCCUUGGUUUCCCCAGGGGGACAGAGCCAGCUCCCCUGCCGCAGGGGAGGGAGGGGACAGCCUCAGCGUCUGCCCAUGAACCACAAGGACCGCGGCUGCCCCAGCCUGGACUAUUCCAAGUCACCAAAGAGGAGGUUUCCCAGAGCGGGUGCCUGGCCAUCGCUAGGGACUACUGGGCUGGGAUGGACUGACCUCCCCCUCCGUGGGGGGGCGGGAGAAGCACAGCCCCUGUGGCCCAGCUAGUGGCUGCUCCGGACAAAGCGGCACCGGGAAGCCACAGCCGCCGGCCUUCUUUUCUCUUACCUUCGAGGGAGAGAACAGGGCCUCCCUGGCGGCCUCCCGCAUCCUCGGUGCGGCUCCGGCCUCUAUGCUCUUUCCCCACAGAGCCGGAGCGGGAGGGCAGCGCUGGGGCCGGCUUCGCACUCAGCCGCUGAGGGAGGGACCCCGGUGACCCCCGCCCCAGCAGGGGGUCCCGCCCCCCUCUGCCAAGCCAUGAAGUGCUCCCUGCGUUUCUGGUUUCUCUCCACCGCCUUCCUGCUGGUGUUCGUCAUGUCGCUCCUCUUCACCUACUCCCACCACAGCAUGGCCACCCUGCCCUACCUGGACUCCGGAGGCCUGGGCAGCACGCACCGGGUGAAGCUGGUGCCCAGCUACGCCGGCCUGCAGCGCCUCAACAAGGGGGGCCUCCUGAGCAAGAGCUGCGCCUGCCGCCGCUGCAUGGGGGACACCGGCGCCUCCGACUGGUUUGACAGCCACUACGACGGCAACAUCUCCCCCGUCUGGACCAAAGAGAACAUGGAUCUGCCCCUAGACGUCCAGCGGUGGUGGAUGAUGCUGCAGCCCCAAUUCAAGUCCCACAACACCAACGAGGUGCUGGAGAAGCUCUUCCAGAUUGUGCCAGGGGAGAACCCCUACCGCUUUCGGGACCCCCGCAAGUGCCGACGCUGUGCCGUGGUUGGAAACUCAGGCAAUCUGCGUGGCUCUGGCUAUGGGAGGGACGUGGAUGGCCACAACUUUAUCAUGAGGAUGAACCAAGCCCCAACAGUGGGCUUUGAGCAAGAUGUUGGAAGCCGGACUACCCAUCACUUCAUGUAUCCAGAGAGUGCCAAGAACCUGCCUGCCAACGUUAGCUUUGUGUUGGUACCCUUCAAGGCCCUGGACUUACUAUGGAUUGCCAGUGCCUUGUCCACAGGACAGAUCCGAUUCACUUAUGCUCCUGUGAAGUCCUUCCUCCGAGUGGACAAAGAAAAGGUCCAGAUCUACAACCCAGCCUUUUUCAAGUACAUUCACGACAGGUGGACAGAGCAUCACGGGCGCUACCCUUCCACCGGCAUGCUGGUGCUCUUUUUUGCUUUACACGUGUGUGAUGAGGUGAACGUCUACGGGUUCGGGGCGGACAGCCGCGGCAACUGGCACCAUUACUGGGAAAACAACCGCUAUGCGGGGGAGUUCCGGAAGACGGGGGUGCACGACGCGGACUUUGAAGCCCACAUCAUCGACAUGCUGGCCAAAGCCAGCAAGAUUGAGGUCUAUCGGGGCAAUUGAGCCCCGGCCGCCCAACUGCCCCUUUGGGCCGCCGCCGUGGCCAGAGGCGCGAGGGACCCGAGGGACCCAGGGCUCUCCUCCUGGCCGAGCCUCGGGCCACACGCGGGGCGCCGGCUUCUUCCAAAGGAGCCUCGGGGCUCCCCAGGCAAUCGCGAGAGGCUCCAGGCGGAGUCUCUGAAACCAAUCAGGAACAAUCGUCUCUCCUUCCCCAGCCAAUGACGAGAAGUCUGGAGAAGGCGGACUCCUGGCCCCAAUCCCAGGCGGACAGAGCGGAGGCUUUGGUUCUCCAAACCAAUCACGAGGGCCUCGCGGCUGAGUCCGGUGCCUGGACCGAGGAGUGAAGGCUACGGCCGGGCUCUGGCCAGCCACGUGACCUGCGGAGUCCCGCCACCGGCUCCUUUCUCUUCCCACGCUCUCGGUGGCUUUGGGGGUUUGGGGGUAGAAUUAAUGUUAUUAUUGUUUUAAAUUUAAGGCGAACAGGAUGGUUUAAACCAUCCCCGUGGUGGAAGCCGAAGUGGGUGAUGUUCAAGACAUAUCAGACUGGAGAGGAGGAGAGUCCCGCUGGCUAAGCCUCCCCGAGGCAGCCCUUCCCUAACCGAGGAGGAAGAAGGCUGGGGGAGCCCUUCCCAGCCCGCCCCCUCGCGAGAGCGUGGGCCAAGGCAGAGGAAGGUGGGGUCGCACCGAGGCUCCUGCUCUCUAAGACGUAAUCAGGUGGUUUAGGGAAAGAUGGCGCGGCGGCCUCUUGGUCUGGGGGGCUCUGACCCUCCCACAGCUCUCCAGGCACCACUCAAUCCAGGAUAUUUCCUUUAUUUCCUCAGGGCUGGAGGGUAAAGUAGACCCCACGGAAGCAAAAUGCAAUCGUAGGGGGCCUCGGAGCCCUCGUUUUGACUCUUCCACGUCAGCUUCCCUCGGAUCAGCACACUUAACUGCCUCCCUAUGGGAGAGACUUAGCAGGCGCUCCCCACUUCUCACCCGGAGGGGCCUGAGAGACCCUGGAGCAGGGGCGCGUCCACCCCAACAGGCUCACUCCACAAUCAGUCCAGCUCCUCCUUCCCCCGGGAUUCGAACCCUGCUCUUUCUGCACUACUCAGACCAGAUCUGGGGAGAGACCCUUGUGGAAAGCUCUCACAACUCACCAGCUUGGUGCAUGCAUUUCUUCCCUCUUCUCCUCCUCUGGCCAGGCAGGUGCCGGGAGCCUGUUGGCUAGGGGGUACGGGAUCGGCUUCCAUUUCACCGAGCAGCUCACCCGAAGCUGCCAGCCCUGGCUGGGGCACUAGGGGGGUUGGGGGGCUUGUUUGGUUUUCUUUCGUUUUGUUUUCAGCUAGCCAUGCAUCUUAGCCAGGAGCCUCGCUGAGGAGGGGUGGGCCUGCCACCCCCACCGCAUGCCUCCUCCCCUGCCCUCAGCCCCGUCACCAGGCUCUCUGCCCACCCCUGCCCGGUUCAGCUCUGGAAGGGCAGCCGAGGCUUUCAUUUGGAAUCUCUGCUUGGCUGCCUUAAACUCAGCUAUACCCAAGGGAUGCCCCUGGUCUGAUGCCAGCCCUGCGGAGUCGGGGGAGCUCGGGAAGGGAGGGAGCAAAGGCUUCUGUGAAGCUGCGCAAAAGAACUCCUCACCCAGCACGGACACCCCUUCCACAAUCAUUCUGGACAGGCAAACACACACAUGCACGCACACCCUCAUGGCCUCCUUCAGGACUAGAGCUGUAAGGCCGGCCUGGCCCCGAAGGUCCUGAGCUGAUGGGGCCGGGCCGCCCCCAGGGAAGGGCAGCAGGAAUGAGAUGGCUAGACAGGGCAGGUUUUGCUUCCCUGUCUUUUGCCAGGUGACUCCCUAAAAGGGCCCAUCCCACCCCCCACUUACCGAGUGAGACAGGAGGCCCUGCUUAGCUCAUCUUAAUGCUUAGUAAAGAGGCUGUUUUUGAGUGUUUAGAAGAUGGGGGGAAAAUGCAACCAUGCCAAACUGUCUUGAACAAAGUAAUUUAUUUCUUUUGUAUCAUCAUGGAAUCCUUUUCUGGGAGAUGUGGGGCUCAUCCGCUGGCCCAGAUCUCCUUUUCUGCAAUAGUUAUUUAAAUGAAUACUUCUUUCUUUCUUGCCUCCCUCUUUAUUAAUUAAACCGUUUUUUAAAAGCGA